AUGGUUGUUGAUGAAACAACGGAUGCCACGCACGCCACUGAUGCACCUGAUCUGGUGGAGGAUGCUGAAGUGCCUGAAUUCAUAGCUGAUGUAUCCGCUCGUGAUGACAUCAAGGUUCCUGUGACAAAGGCUAUCACGAUAGAGGCUAUUCCCGAACCCCCAACCACAGUGGAAAAUGCUCAAUCUGACUUCGAGCCACCCCAACCCACUGAAAAACAAAAAAAAUCCCGGUUAGGGAACUUGUUUGGCAAAAACCAAGCUCCUGUAGCCGAUCAACCAGAAACCGAUCAACGCCAUCAAGACUCCCCCUUGGAUUUGGAUAUCAAUGAAAUCAAUGAGCCGAUCCUCAUAGAGGAUCCGGCUUUAGAUGACUUGUCCGAAGAGGAUUUAAUCGAGCAAGCCAUACCAGCGCAUCAAGAACCCGACAUGACACCGUCGGGCUCGGAUCCGGUGACACCUUUCGAGCGGCGGCACGCGAACAACUAA